AUGCCAGACUCCAAACCUGCAGUUACACCCUCCGACAGCGAUGAGAAGGCUGAACAUAUCCAGCGCGAAGUGCUCACACAAGAUGAAUCGCCAAACACGAUUGGAGCAAAGAAAAAAGAAGAUGCAUUACGACGCAAACUUGACCGCUAUGUCGCGCCUGUCAUGAUGAUGUUAAUGCUCAUCAGCUAUCUCGAUCGUGGAAACAUUGGCUUCGCAGCGACGCAGGGUAUGACAACGGACAUCAAGCUCAAGGGGAGUCAAUUGAAUACUGCAGUAUCAGUGUUCUACAUCUUCUACAUCCUCGCAGAAUUUCCGACUUCACUACUCGUCAAGCGCUUGCAAUUCAAUCGUGUAAUCCCUAUGAUUACAUUCUGCUGGGGUCUGAACUUCGCCGGCCUGGUGACGACGAGGAUCUUUCUGGGCUUCUUCGAGGGUUGCUUGUUUCCGUCCAUGACGCUGUUCCUGUGUAAUUGGUACACGAGAGAGGAACUCGGGAUCAGAGUUGCGUAUCUGUUCAUUGCGAGUGCGCUAAGCGGCGCAUUUGGUGGGUUGAUUGCUUUUGGCAUUCUGUACAUGGAUGGAGUGGCUGGGUGGGCAGGUUGGAGGUGGUUGUACGUUCUCGAAGGUAUCAUCACCAUCGUAUGGGCACUUUGCUGCGUAUGGCUUGUGCCCAAGAACUUCGAGACAGCGUACUUCCUCAACGAAGAGGAGAAGCAAAUCAUGCGUCAGCGCGCUGCUCGAACACAGGCUUAUUCUGACUCGGAAGGUUCGGGGCAUUAUGGAAAGUCCGACAUCAAGGAAGCAGCAAAGGACAUCAAGAGCUGGAUCCAUGGCUGCAUUCAGAUUGCUGUUGUAACUAUUUUUGACCGCUACCAAACUCGCUUCAUUCCACUCAUUCUCAUGGCGCCAAUCGGUGUAGCGGGAUAUGCCAUCCUACUUUCGCCUGUCAGUCCAGGAGUCCAGUACUUCGCCACCUACCUGAUCUCGACCGCAUGUUUCCUCUGCACCGGCGGAAACAUAACCUGGCUUUCUGCCAACUGUGCUCCCGAUGGAAAGCGUGCUGCCUCGCUUGGUAUACUACUCACACUAACGAACAUCGGCGGCGUUGUGUCGGGACAGAUCUACCAAAGCAAUGCGGCGCCGAAGUACACCUUGGGACAUGCGUGGAGUCUCGGGUGUUUGGGGUUUGCAUGGUGUGGCUGGUGGAUUGUACGAGCGAUGUACAGGAGAAGAGAAGUGAGGAAGGACCUUAAAAUCGCGGCUGGAUACGUGCGGCCAGAAGGAACGAUGUACACAGAUCGAGAGCCCGACUUCCAAUACCAGAUAUAG